AGUUUUAAAAAAAUAAUUUAAUAUUAUCCACGUAUCGCGUGGGUAAUUAAUUAUAUUAUUACUUAUAAAAUGAAGAUGCAGCUUGUCCUUAGCCAAAGACGAUGGUAUGAAAUGAGACACGAAAGCACAUUGUAAAAAUAAUACUGUCUAUAUCCCCAUGUUGUCAAAAAGUUGUAAUGUGAAGACACUACUACUAGUAAGUAGUAGUAACAUACAAGUCUCUAUUCACCAUUUUUUCUUUCUCUCUCCGCCGACCACCUUAAACCCCAUUUCUGCUUCCUCCGAUCCGCAGUUUCAUUAUCUAUAUCAAAAAAUUAUUCUAUAGAACUCCUAUUUCAGCUACCUCUGAAUCUUAUUCGGAAACUCACAAUUUUCAGUAAUUUGGAAAUUCUUUAUUUAUCUUCUCUUGUGUUGUGAUUAUAUUGCGUUGUUGAAAAUUUUGGUAUUUGGGUUUUUUUCGUUAAGUACAUUUGAGCUGUUUUUUGUAACAUGGGUAGUUGCGAAUUUGCUUGUAAUUAGAGCUUGUUUUGAAAACAAUCAUAAAUUUGGGUGCGAGGAUUAAGAAGCAAUAUUGAUAGUUAGAUUCGCGAACAAGUUUGUUAAGUAGAUUUUUUUACAUUUUAAGCACUUGAUAAAACCUAGAAGAAUAAUUUUGUUUCACCCGCCAUGAACGAUUGUGUGGGGUCAGGUGAAGUGAGUGUAUCGUCUUCGGGUGAUCAGGCAGCUCAUUGUAAGGAAGGAGGAAAGAAAAAGAGGAAUCUCCCUGGAAUGCCAGAUCCUAAUGCGGAAGUUAUAGCUUUGUCACCGAAAACUCUAUUGGCAACGAACCGAUUUGUGUGUGAAAUUUGCAACAAAGGGUUUCAGAGAGACCAGAAUUUGCAACUUCAUAGAAGGGGUCACAAUCUGCCUUGGAAGUUAAGGCAGAGAGAAAGCAAUGAGGUGAGAAAGAGAGUGUAUGUUUGCCCUGAACCUACGUGUGUUCACCAUGAUCCUUCGCGAGCAUUGGGCGAUUUGACUGGGAUCAAGAAGCAUUUCUGCAGGAAACACGGUGAAAAGAAGUGGAAAUGUGAUAAGUGUUCGAAGAAUUAUGCAGUUCAGUCUGAUUUGAAGGCUCAUUUGAAGAUUUGUGGAACUAAACAGUAUAAAUGUGAUUGUGGGACUAUGUUUUCAAGGAGGGAUAGCUUUAUCACACAUAGGGCAUUUUGUGAUGUUUUAGCAAAAGACAGGGAGAAAGCACAGGAUGCAGUCACAACUCCUAUUUCUGAUGAGGACCAUAAGGUUCAAGCUGUUGUUUCAUCAACACCGUCACCAUCAACACCUCCUACACCCCCACCAUCCUCAGAGCCGCCAGCUGUUCCUUCACCAGCUGCCCCGGAGUCUCUACUGCCUCCUGUUACUCCAUCAACUGCUGUAGUGUCUUCUGAUUGUCCCAUCCAGAAUUCAGAGUUGGUGGAGAGUCCACGCACAAAUUCCGAUGGAACUAUUACCAAACAGUUUAUGGAAGAAACAAAAGCGAAAUCGAGUUUGUCUGGCAUCUGCAGGAGUAGCUCAAGCAUCGGAUGUACCAACAUCAACCGUCUUGCAAGCUUGACUGGAAUAUGCAGCAACAGCAGCAUGAGCUCAAGCAGUAAAGGAAGUACCAGCAGCAGCAGCAUUUUUCCAAGCUUGACUGGAAUCUGUAGCAGCACUAGGAGCUCGAGCAGUAAUGGAAGUACCAGCAGCAUCAGUGUUUUUCCAAGCUUGACUGGAGUAUGUAGCAGUAAUAGGAGCUCUAGCAGUAAUGUAAGUACCAGCAGCAUCAGUAUUUUUCCUAGCUUGACUGGAAUAUGUAGCAGUAGUAGGAGCCUGAGCAGUAAUGUAAGUACCGGCAGCAUCAGCGUUUUUCCAAGCUUGACUGGGAUAUCUAGCAGUAGUAGGAGCUUGAGUAGUAAUGGGAGUACCCCCAGCAGCAGCAUUUUUGCAAGUUCAACUGGAUUCUGUAGCAGCAGCAGUAGCUUGAGCUGUAACAGAAGUACCAGCAGCAGCAGCAAUUUUUCAAGCUUGAAUGGAAUCGGUAGCAGCAGUAGUAGCUCGAACAGUAAUGGAAGUGCCAGCUGCAGCUCUUUUGCUAGUUUAUUUGCUUCUUCAACAGCUUCAGGAAGUUUGCCGUCUCAAGCACCUCAUUUUACAGAUUGGUUUCAGUCUGUGGCUCCUGCACCGCCACCGGAUAUAGAACCACCAUCAUCUAUGGAGCCAAUAUCUCUCUGCCUUGCAAUGAAUUAUGGUUCAUCAGUCUUUGGACCAACUGGGCAAGAGGGAAUGCAGUAUGCUGCAGCACCACAACCAGCCAUGUCUGCAACCGCUUUACUGCAGAAAGCUGCUCUGAUGGGUGCAACGUCGACAAACUCAUCAUUGUUGAGGGGUCUUGGGAUAUUAUCUUCUUCUUCAUCAUCUAGUGGGCAACAUGAAUGGAGUGGGAGACAAAUUGACACCGAUGGUGCGACAGUGGCUGCAGGCCUUGGGCUUGGAUUGCCAUGUGAUGAUGGCUCUGGUCUAAAGGAAUUAAUGCUGGGAACUCCCUCUGUUUUCGGUCCCAAACAUCCAACUCUUGACCUUCUUGGAUUGGGGAUGGCAGCUGGUGGUGGCCCAACACCUGGAUUAUCCGCUCUAAUAACAUCCAUGGGCGGUAAUCUAGAUGUGGCUGCUGCAGCAGGACCAUUUGAUAGUGGAGAAUUUUGUGGGGAAGAGUUGAGAAGAGGUUCAUGAUACCAAGGACCAUGAAACGUUAGUUUACAAUUUGGCAAGCCCUUAGUGUAGGGAAAAACUUGUUUGUUGUUGUAAUAUAGAACCCCUUACUCUCUGUAAAAAAAUUUCUACCCUUUACUCCAAAGGAAGCAGUUAUAUUUGGUAAAAGUG